GUGGCGCGGGCGGCGGCGCAGGCGGCGCUCGGUCGGUGUCGCCGGGCGGCUCCGGGCCGCCCCCGUCCCUUUCCCCCCCCCCAGCCCCGCUCCCGCCGCCGCCGCCCCCGCCAUGGGCGCCAGCGGCUCCAAGUCGCGGGGGCUGUGGCCCUUCGCCACCCCGGCGGCGGGCGGCGGCGGCCCCGAGGGCCCCGGCGGGCAACAGGCCCUGGCCCGGGCGCGGGCCGCGCGCGCCGCCACCCCGUUCGUGUUCACACGCCGCGGCUCCAUGUAUUACGAUGAGGACGGGGAUCUUGCUCACGAGUUCUACGAGGAGACAAUCGUCACCAAGAACGGGAGGAAGCGCGCCAAGCUGAAGAGGAUCCACAAGAACCUGAUACCUCAGGGCAUAGUGAAACUAGAGCAUCCUCGCAUUCACGUGGAUUUCCCAGUGAUUAUCUGCGAGGUGUGAGUCCCAGACAUCGCUGCCUGCGGGGGAAGGCCCUGCCCCACCGCCCCCAGCCUCGCCGGGCCAGGCUGCAUCGUGUUCCCACCGAGGAGGACUCCAGGAAUGUGGCGGGACAGUGGCUCUCCCCUCACCUGGAGGUGAGGCAGGAUGGAGCAGGCCCUCGCAGGAGAUGGGUGACUCUGUGCAACGACUGCUUAAAAAACAUCCUCGCUUGAGUCAGAAGACUAAAAUACCUUUUGUAGCCUCUAGCCGACGUUUGAUGGGUAACUGGAACUGCAAACAAGCUGCUGUGAUUGAGCUGUGAAAGGGAGAGCAAGCCUGCACUUCUCACCAGAGAGAAUCCCCUGCUUCUCAGGUAUGCGGCCCAGGGAGAGCCAGGGCACAGUAAUGCCCUGCCCUGCACCCCGAAGUCCCUGGGGCCCGCAGGUUAGAUGGCCAGUGUUGCAGCAUGUCCCUUUGACACCGGUAUGAUGUGACACUCCCCUGUGUGGGUUUGUUGCUGGAGGAUAAACAGGGCAGGCUGGGGGGUCUCAAAGCACAUCAGGCUGGCUGCUGCUCUCCUCUUGGAAAGGGGAUGGAGAUCAGAUGCCUUUCUCUUAGGCCUCGGUCUCUUCCCCCACUUCUUGGAAAACUGCAUUUCCCUGCUUAUGCCAGCACUGGGGAGGUUGGCUUUGCUGCUGCCUGCUGGAGAUCUCUGCAGUCCCUGGCCACUGCUGGUGGCAGUAAGGUCCCAGCUCUGCAGCAGACUUUCCUCCUCCGUUGUCACGCUGGCUCCUGCUGAGCACCAUCCCUCGCCUGCCGUGGGGCUGGGCUGCCGGGCAGCUUCCUCACCCCCGCUGCUGUUUGAACAGAUACCUCCCUGUAGGCUGGGCCUCAACUGAGCCAAGCAGGAAAGGAAUCCUCUCUUCCUUCCCUGUGCCCCCAAAACAAUCAAUCAGCGUACCUGCCCCGGCUUGGAAAUCUCCCUGGCGAUGUGAACUGUGGUUCCUCCCGCAUCCCAGCUGGUGGCAGGAGGAGAAAUGUGAUGCACUUUAAAGGGAGGCUUUCUGCCCCGCCUCGGAAGGUCCUGCUCUUUUCUCCUCUUUCCUCCCACCUGAGAAUGUCGAGGUCUUGGCGGCACUGAAGAGCCUCUCACCCCUGUGUGUGUCCAGCUGCUGGGGGAAAGGCCUGACCCCAAAUGCCCCUUGGCAGCAUGAGGAGCUGCUGCCUCCCCACUCGGCUGUGCCCGGACCGGGCAGGCAGAGGAGGACCGGCAGCAGGCACAGCUUUAAAGUGGGUCAGAGCCUACUCCCCACAGCAGCCAGCUCGGCUUUCCUCCUCUUUCCUUCCAGAACUUAUUUACUUUCUAAGCACUUCAGAUGUUUGCUACCUCGAUUUUUAAUUUAAGCUGCUGGCACUUGGCUGCCAGCCCUGUCGGUGUCUAAGUUGGAUGUAUCCAUCCCCGCGUCCGCCGAGAGCCGCCUGGGCGCGGGGCCACAUUCCCGGCUUCAGGGAGAUAACAGCGAUGUGGCUGUUGCUGUCUUCCUGUCACCACCUCUUCCCUUCACGUCCCUCCACCUGCAGUUCCCAUCGACAGGAGCGAGCACACAGGGUGAAAUGGAUGUGCUGGUUGCCACCAGGCAUGGAAGUGGCAGGGCAGGGCUCGUCUACACUGUGAUGCUGGGCACUUCUUUCGUCAUCUUUUGUUCUGCUUGCUUGAAAGAGUCUUGUCUUAAAACAAUCCGUCACUGAAGUGUUUCUUAUUUGCACCACCUGCUCUUGAGUUUCUCCCUGGCUGGAGCUCCGUGGGAAGGGCACCCCUUGGGCUCCACAGGAGAGCAGGAGCUGCUGUCCCAGGAAGAGGAGAGAAAACCAUGGCCACACUGUCGGUGCUGCCUUGCCCCAGGUCUGUUUGAAGGCAGGGGAAGCUGCACUGACCCCGCCUUGGGCAUGGAGGAAAGAGGAGGAGGAGGAGGAGUGGGGAGGGGGUUUGGUGCUGUUUGCCUGCCCCAGUGGGGAGCCCCUCACCUGGCUACCAGCCAAAAAUCUGCUGGCAAGGCACAGCCCGAACCUGGGGGAGGGGGCAGAGACUGUGAUCAGCUUAGCAAGGAUGCUUUUGUCCUUUCUGACAGGCUGCCCAUCCUUCCCCCAGCGUAUUAAACAUGCUCCCCUAAAACCCAUGCCUUCUCCCACCCUUCUACCCCCUCAGUGUCACCAGAGUGGCAGCGAACCUCUGCAGGCUGCCAACAAGCUGCAUCUCCUGCCCUGCUUCUUCCCAGGCUGGUCCCCACAGCAGCCAGCCCCCAGGACCCCAGCAAUCCUGCAACAGCAGGGCCUUGGGAGCACCUGGAGGGAUCUUAAAAAUGUGAAGGUCACUGUAAAUAGUAUCUGUGUCCACUGUGGUGUUGGAGCAAGCAAAAAAAAAAAGUUUUCCUUUUGAUUUUUUUUUUUUUUACAAUUUCUGUGCAACAUUGUGCUUUCCUGUGUGGAUGUGUAGCAGAAUCGUACUCACAGACACUAGGCUCCUUGCUCCUCUAGGGUGUGGGUAGGACCCAUGGGUUUGGGAAAUGUACACUACUUACGGUCCUUCCUCCCAGUGCAUCUGUCCACUUUUGUUAAAUUUCAAUAAAAUUAUUUGUAGAGCUCA